GUCAAAAAACUAAAUGUCAAAAAUAAGUGAACGCCAAACGCCGGUGAUUUGAGAAAAAUUGCAAAUACGGAUAGAAAAAGUUUAUAAAUACACCCGAAUAUUUCAAAAUGAGUGCCGGCAAUAUGUUAUAUGGCGGUGAUGAAAUCGGUGCACUUGUUUUCGACCCCGGUCAUCACUCUUUGCGCGUGGGUUACGCACAAGAGGAUACCCCAAAGGCAGAGAUUCCCUCUGUAGUUGGGGUAGCACCUUCUGCAUCGGAUACAAAUAUGGAUAUGGAAACAAAAUCGGACAACAAUAUAACGCAGAAUAAUGCAGACACCCGCAAAUAUUAUGUGGAUACUACAUAUGUGAAUGUACCGCGAACACAAAUGGAGAUACAAACCUAUAUGAAAGAUGGUAUGAUCGACAACUGGGAUUUGUUCGAAAAAGUUAUUGACUACACCUAUGCCAAGGUCAUACAAUCGGAACCCGAGUAUCACCCUGUAUUGUUUUCAGAAGCCUCAUGGAAUGUGCGCAACAAUCGCGAAAAAUUGACUGAACUUAUGUUCGAAAAAUAUAAUGUGCCAGCUUUCUAUUUGGUAAAAAAUGCAGUUUUGGCAGCAUUCUCCAGCGGUCGUGCAACUGCAUUGGUAGUAGAUAGCGGCGCAACUCAUACUUCCGCAGUGCCCGUGCACGAGGGUUAUGUUCUUUCUCAGGCAGUUGUAAAAUCACCACUCGGUGGUGACUACCUAUCAAUGCAGUGUCGGCAGCACCUUGAAAAACAGGGUAUUGAUUUAUCGCCCGCAUACAAAAUCGCGUCAAAAGAUGUGGUUAAAGAACGUGAUACUGCUCGUUUCACGCUGCGAAAAUUACCCGAAAACUUAACUCAGUCUUGGCAGAAUUAUAUGCUUAAAUCACUUCUGCAAGAUUUUCAAAUGAAUAUAUUACAAGUAUUGGAGAAUCCAUAUGACGAGCGCGUGGCUGCACAAAUACCGAGCGUACACUAUGAAUUCCCUAAUGGUUACCACCAGGAAUUCGGUUCAGAGCGUUUUAAGUUGGCAGAAAGUUUAUUUGAUCACGCCAUGCUCGGAGCAGGUCAAUUGGCUUCCACAAGCGUAGGUAUGUGUGAUGCAGAUGUGCGAUUAUCGCUUUUCGGCUCUGUCGUAGUAACUGGAGGCAAUACGCUAUUGCAAGGAUUUCCAGAGCGGCUUAAUCGUGACUUACAGCUCCGUGCACCAUCCAACACACGUUUGAAAAUGAUUUCCGCGAACGGUAGUGUGGAGCGUCGCUUUGGCGCUUGGAUCGGUGGAUCGAUUUUGGCCAGUAUUGGUACAUUCCAACAAAUGUGGAUCUCGUCGCAAGAGUAUGAAGAGUCUGGCAAAGGUCAAGUGGAACGUAAAUGCCCAUAAAUGACGAAUGUAUGGACACGAUAUCAAGCCAAUAACUAUUUUAUAUUCAAAGAUAAAUACUAAAAUUAAUGUUAUAAAUUAAAACUA